CAGAGGGAGACACUAUCUCUAUCUUCUAAGGUUGUUUGCUAUACAAACAUCUAUGAUAAGGGAGUGUUGAACAAAGACAGUCAGUACCUCUGCUCAUAAGAUGAGCAGAAACGAUGGAGACCUGAGGAGAAUUAUCUUCCAACAGGUGAGUGUGUGUGGGAGCCUUCAGGGUAUACUCUCAAUUUCCCAGAGCCUUUCUGGUUAUGGGGCCUGAGAUGGACCAUGUGCUCUCAGACAGGGAGGCUCUGGGUUGUUCCCUUCACAGAUGGCCUGUAUUUCCUCUGCACUAAGAAAGGUGUCAUCUACCAGACCUUCUGUGACAUGACCUCUGGGGGUGGUGGCUGGACCCUGGUGGCCAGCGUGCACGAGAACAACAUGCAUGGGAAAUGCACGGUGGGAGAUCGCUGGUCCAGUCAGCAGGGCAACAAAGCAGACUACCCAGAGGGGGAUGGCAACUGGGCCAAUUACAACACCUUUGGGUCUGCAGAGGCGGCCACGAGCGAUGACUACAAGAACCCCGGAUACUAUGACAUCCAGGCACAGGACCUGGGCAUCUGGCAUGUGCCCAACAAGUCCCCACUGAUGCUUUGGAGGAACAACUCCCUGCUGAGGUACCGCACUAACAGUGGCUUCUUCCGGAGUCUGGGACAUAAUCUGUUUGGCCUCUACCAGGGAUACCCAGUGAAAUAAGGAUCAGGGAAGUGUUGGACUGACAACGGCCUGGUGAUACCUGUGGUCUAUGACUUUGGUGAUGCUCAGAAAACAACAUCUUAUUACUCGCCGUAUGGUCUGGGUAAAAUUUUUGCAGGAUUUAUCCUUUUCAGGGUGUUUAAUAAUGAGAGAGCAGCCAACGCCCUGUGUCCUGGGAUCAGAGUCACUGGCUGCAACACUGAGCAUCACUGCAUCGGAGGAGAAGGAUUCUUCCUAGAGGGCAAUCCCAGGCAGUGCGGGGAUUUCUCUUCCUUUGAUUGGGAUGGAUAUGGAACUCAUAGAGGCUACAGCUGUAGCCAGGAGAUAACUGAGGCAGCCGUGCUCCUGUUCUACUGUUGA